GAAGAAGAGACAAUUGUGCUUUCCAUAAGGAUGCCGUUAACGCGUUAAACUGCAGUUAAAAUUUCCUUUUCUAUGGUCUUUUCAACACGAAGCCAUCAUGACGGGCUUUAGCGAGAAGGCUAUUCUUAUAGAUGGACGAGGUCACUUACUUGGUCGUUUGGCUGCUAUAGUAGCCAAAACCCUUUUGCAGGGUAACAGAGUUGUGGUGGUAAGAUGUGAGCAGCUGAAUAUUUCUGGUAAUUUUUUCAGAAAUAAACUGAAGUUUAUGUCUUUUCUGCGUAAACGGUGCAAUGUAAACCCUGCCAGAGGACCAUUUCAUUUUAGAGCUCCAUCCAGGAUUUUCUGGAAAACUGUCCGUGGUAUGUUGCCUCACAAAACUGAAAGAGGUAAACAGGCUCUUCGCAGGUUAAAAGCUUAUGAAGGCAUUCCUCCACCAUAUGAUCGAAGGAAACGUGUAGUUGUGCCUGGUGCACUCAGAGUCAUCUGCCUUAAACCUGGACGUAAAUUUUGCCAUGUUGGUCGUCUGUCACAUGAAGUUGGAUGGAAAUACCAGUCUGUGGUGCGCGCCCUUGAGUCUAAACGCAAGGUUAAGGCAGUAUUGGCAAUUCGCAAGCGUGACAAACUGAAGAAGAUUACCAAGCAAGCUUCAGUUAAAGUUGCUAAACAGACUAAACCAUUCACAGAAGUAAUCAACUCGUAUGGUUAUAAUUAGGUGUUUUUAAAAAUAAAACUGUAUAUUUACAUCA